AAAUAAAUCAACUGUUACAGCAUCCGUCUCUGAAGAAGUUACUUUCUGCCAUUUAUCUCACUUUCACUGUCAGGACCACGGUGCUCUGAGCUCUGCUCCCCUGCUGCUGAGCCGGUCACGUGACCUCCAUGCCAACAUCUGGCAGAUGCCCAACAUCUGACCUCUCUGGGGCUUUCCGAGACCCUGGCUCACCCUUCACCGUCUCAUCCGCAGGCAGGAACCCCUGAGCUCGCGGGAGUUCCGCCCACUGCCACACACAUUGCUGGAGUGCUGCUGUGUCCACCGAGCCCCAGGUCACCAGGAGAAGCAGCUCCACACACAACUCCCAGAUCUGACGUGAGGCUCUUGAGUGACCCACGCCUGCUCCGUGCCUGUCACCUACUCACCAAGGACGGCUGUCCUCAGCGAGGGCCCCUGUGCCCUGCCCUGAGCGUGCGCCAUGGGCCUGCUCGCCUACCUGAAGACGCAGUUCAUCGUGCACCUGCUCAUUGGCUUCGUCUUCGUGGUGAGCGGGCUGGUCAUCAACUUCAUUCAGCUGUGCACGCUGGUCCUGUGGCCCAUCAACAAGCAGCUCUACCGCCACGUCAACUGCCGCCUGGCCUACUCGCUCUGGAGCCAGUUGGUGAUGUUGCUGGAGUGGUGGUCCUGCACCGAGUGCACGAUCUUCACCGACCUGACCACACUGAAGUACAUCGGGAAGGAGCAUGUGGUCAUCAUCCUCAACCACAACUUCGAGAUCGACUUCCUGUGCGGGUGGACCAUGUCCGAGAGGUUCGGCUUGCUGGGGAGCUCCAAAGUCCUGGCCAAGAGGGAGCUGCUCUACGUGCCCCUCAUCGGCUGGACGUGGUACUUCCUGGAGAACGUGUUCUGCAAGCGCAGGUGGGAGGAGGACCGGAACACGGUCGUGCGAGGGCUGAAGCGCCUGGUCGACUACCCUGAGUACAUGUGGUUCCUCCUGUACUGUGAAGGGACGCGCUUCACGGAGACCAAGCACCGUGUCAGCAUGGAGGUGGCCGCCUCCAAGGGUCUGCCGCCGCUCAAGUACCACCUGCUGCCACGGACCAAGGGCUUCACCACCACAGUCCAGUGCCUACAGGGGACAGUGGCCGCUGUCUAUGACGUGACCCUGAAUUUCAGAAAAAACAAGAUCCCAUCUCUGCUGGGGAUACUCUACGGGAAGAAGUACGAGGCGGACAUGUGUGUGAGGAGGUUCCCUCUGGAGGAGAUCCCACAAGACGAGCAGGGCGCGGCGCAGUGGCUGCACAAGCUGUACCAGGAGAAGGACGCACUGCAGGAAAUGUACAACCAGAAGGGCUUCUUCCCUGGGGAGCAGUUCAAGCCAGCCCGGAGGCCAUGGACCCUGCUGAACUUCCUGUGCUGGGCCACUGUUCUCCUCUCACCCCUCUUCAGCUUCGUCCUGGGCGUCUUCUCCAGUGGGUCCCCCCUCCUGAUCCUCACAUUUCUGGGGUUUGUGGGUGCAGCGUCCUUUGGAGUCCGCAGACUGAUAGGAAUGACUGAAAUAGAAAAAGGCUCCAGCUACGGAAACCAGGAGUUUAAGAAAAAGGAAUAAUUGAUGGCUGUGAUUGAACACACAUAACCUGACAUGGUAUCCAAUUAACUCAAUUAAAAACAGAGAACA